CGCGUCAACCUCGCAUCACAGCGCAAGAAACUGGACGCUGAGCUGACUGAGACCAGACAGCGCGCCGAAGUUGCCGAUCGUCAGCGUGACGAGUUCAGCAAGCAACUCAAACGCCUCCAACUGCUUAGCAUGGAUUUGAAACGUGAAUUAGACGCCUCGAUGAAGGCUCGUGAUGACGCUCUGACAGCCGCGCGCGAUCUCGAAAAGCGUCUUCGUGCAACCGAGUCAGAACGUGCGCAGGCCGUCGAGGACCUGGCCGCCUCUGAGAGAACUUGUCGUACCGCAAAGUCGGAACGUGACGAGGCCUUGGAGGAAGCGAACGCCUCACAGAGCGCUAAGAAUAUGCUGGUGGAGGAUAAGAAGAAGCUGGAGGCCACUUUGAUGCAUCGCGAGGAGGAACUGGAGGAGGCACAGACAGCCCGGGAGGAGGCGGAGGACCGCUACAAGCGCACGCUUUCCCUCAUGGAACAGGCCCAAAUCGAUCUGGGUCUCGAGCGCUUGCUUGUUCUAACCGGCGCAGAUAAUGCCGCCCACGCCACUGCCAUGCACGAGAAGGGUAUUCUCGUCAGUGUAAAGUCCGUAAAAUUUCUAUUCGACCGUAUCGACGAAUCUGGAGCCACCGUACGGCCGGCCCACCAGGUUUUCAUAUUUUCGUCGGGACUGUGUUUGCGUCAUAAAGCUGGUUCUGCGCCCACGUAA